UGCAUCCGUCCCAGAGAAAGCCUAAUCCCGUUAGCUGUGCUUUCUCAUGGAUAAUCCCUCCACUUCCCACCUGGCCGUCCUUCAGCCUCAGCCUCUCUCUGGGAUGACCGUCUUCUGCUGAACACUGCAGCAUGUUUAGCUGGGUGAUAAAGGUUGUUCCCCAGCCUCCAGCAUCUCCUGGGAAGCUGGCAGAGGAGGACCAGACCAAUGCUUCCACUGCAGCACCAGAUGUGACGAAAAAAGAGGAAGUAAAACAAGAAACUUCCAAGUCAACGGAGGAGGUCUCAGACGAGAACAGCUCUCAGAGUAGGGUUUUGAGUUGGCUCUCUCAUGGGUUCAGCAAUGCUCUCCCUCAGCCAGUAAACUCCUCUAAACUGGCCAACAGUGAAGUUAAGCAUGAGGAGAAUGCAGUGAGCAGCAGUAACACAUCGGACCAGGCUGGAAUGAUAGGCUGGAUUGUGCAGGGACUGGGAAAAGUGGUUCCACAGCCAGAUGAGAAAUACAAGGGUCACACAGAGCCAGAGGAGGUCACUGAGCUUGCAGUUCCAGUGGUUAAAGUGGAUCCUCCAGUGCAAGAGGUCAAAGGCGUUCGUGAUGCUGAGCCGCUGCCUCAUAUUCCUGUGGUGGAGGUUGUGUCUGAUGAGGACCCAGAUGCUUCUAAUGUGCCCUUCUCUCCCAGAGUAAUAGAAUGGAUUAAGCAUGGUUUUGAGAAGGUAGUUCCACAUUCUCCUGUCCAUCUUCAUCCUCCCGCUGCUACAGAGGCACCCGCCCAGAAGGCUGCUUCUGCUCCUGUGACUCCCUGCAAACAAGAGCCAGCACCUGCACCUGCACCUGCACCAACACCUGCUCCUGCACCUCCACCAGCGCCUGCACCUGCACCUGCACCAGCACCAGCACCUCCACCUGCACCUGCAGCCCCACCUGCACCUUCAUCUGCACCUGCAGCUCCUGAGCAACCUAAAGUAGCUGAGGAUUCCAAAGGCACAAAUAUGGUUGGCUGGAUUGUACAGGGGUUCGGACGCAUCAUACCACAACCAGUACUGAAACCAAAAGAGGACAGCUCUGAUGUCGUUCAAAACGUCUGCAUCCUGCAGGACCCGUGUGAUAUGGUGCUGGAGGAGGUGGGCUCAGACUGGGAGGCCCAGCAGAGGGAGCAGGGCUCGGGGCAGGACGUACAGGCUGAGGAGCAGGUGCCACAGGAGGGCUCAUCCCUGCUGCAGGUGCUGCCCAAUAUCCUGCCGCACAUGCUGGCCAUGCAGGAGCAGGAGGACGCAGAGACCCAGACUGAGCGCUGGACGCCUCUCAUUGAGAGCAUCAAGAAGGAAGCAGAGGAGAAUGCCAUAGCAAACAUAGAGGAGAGACUUCAGCAGGAGUGUGUGGAAGCGGCUCGCAUAGCGGAGGAUCUGGCCCGGCAGGCUGCAGAAUUGGCCGUCAGACAGCUGGAGGAAGAGCAAACCACACAGAUCAUCAUCGACACGAAAACAGAAGAGCUGGACAAUGAGGAUCAACUGCCAAAUAUCCAGGAGGAAGAGAAUGAAGAAGAUCCGGAGUUACAGCCGCUCGGUGAAGAGAGUGAGGAGGAGAGAGAGGAUAGUAAGAUCACAGAUGCUGACAUGAAAAGGAGCCUGGUGGACGUCUGCCCUGCGGAGCCCUCGCCACAUGAGUCUGAGGUUUCAGAUCAGGCACUACAAGCAGAUCCGGUCUCACCGCUCGUGACCACUCAGCCUCAGCGUGCCACAUCUUUACCUCCUGAUGCUGACCAGGAAGAGGAACCUCCUGAAGAAGGAUGUGGAGUGCCUGCUAGCUGUUCUGGCAUAAAGAGCUGGAUUCUUCGCAUCCCCCAUGCUUCCACAUGUCUGAGCAGCUUACACCUGCUGAAAAACAAUAAUGUUCCCCUGCCCAAGAUGCCCUCCGAUCUCCUGCUGCUAUACCAGGAGAUAUCCCAGCUUCCAAAACAAGCCAACCAGUGCUUCCAGAACGUUAUCCAUCGCCUCAACAUCCUCAAGCCCAUGUACCUGCUGAUUCUUUCUUUCACAGACUUGAUCUACGUGGUGUGGCUGUUCUUUGUGACCCUCGCGUGGAACUGGAAUGCUUGGCUGAUCCCUGUGCGCUGCACUUUCCCGUACCAGACAUCUGAGAACAUUCACUGGUGGCUGCUGAUGGACUACUUCUGUGAUGGCAUUUAUAUUCUCGACAUCUUUGUUAUGCAGCCCAGACUGCAGUUUGUGAGAGGAGGGGACAUUGUGUGUGACAAAAUAGCAAUGAGAGACAACUACAGGCAAACAGAGCGAUUCAAGCCCAGACUGCAGUUUGUGAGAGGAGGGGACAUUGUGAUGAGAGAUGUAUUUGGAGCCGCCACCGCGGGUGAGGCCUAUUAUAGACACUGUGUGGACAGCACUGUCAAAUACAUGAGUUCCUACAAGAUCCCCCGUGAGGUCCAGAACCGCGUCAAGAUCUGGUACGAUUACACCUGGAAGUCGCAAGGCAUGCUGGAUGAACAGGAGUUACUUAUACAGCUGCCAGAUAAGAUGCGUCUGGACAUCGCUGCAGAUGUCAACUACAGCAUUGUCAGUAAAGUGGCGCUCUUUCAGGGAUGUGACAGACAGAUGAUAUUUGACAUGCUCAAGAGGCUGAAAUCCGUGGUGUACCUUCCGGGAGAUUUUGUUUGUAAAAAAGGUGAGAUCGGCCGAGAGAUGUACAUCAUCAAAGCUGGAGAGGUGCAGGUGGUUGGAGGACCUGAUGGGAUGACGGUGUUUGUGACUCUGAGAGCUGGCUCUGUGUUUGGGGAAAUUAGUUUGCUGGCGGGUGGAGGUGGGAACCGACGAACAGCUAACGUAAAGGCCCAUGGUUUUGCUAACCUCUUCAUCCUGGAUAAGAAGGACCUGGCAGAAAUCUUAGUGCACUACCCCGAGUCCCAGAAGAUACUGCGCAAGAAGGCCAAGAAAAUGUUGACCAAAGAUAAGAAGCCUGCAGAUGAGAAGGGCCAGGCUAAAGAGACGGGUGAGGUCAUCCCUCAGCGGCCGGAGACGCCCAAACUAUACAAGGCUGCACUGGAGGUUGGCACAGGACAGACUUUUGCCAAGCUGAAGGAGACAUAUAAGGGAGCAACUCUAGAGCCGUCCACUCCCGCAUCCGGCAGGACCUCCACAGCUCCAGUGCCUCCUCCCUCACCCAUGCACCGCCGUUCCCCCAUUCCCCGGCCUCACGUCCCAGAUGAAGAUGACAUGGUAUCAGAGACCACCGACAGCACCAUGAUCAUCCGCAUGACCCCCCGCAUUGAGGGAGAGGAGAUCCUAUCUGUGGAAAUCAGUCCUGGAGAGGGAGUGGAGGCGGAGGCGGAAGAUCCAAGCAAAACUACUGACAAGUGAGAGAGAGGAAGAGGGCCAGGACAAAGACCAGAGUAGGGAUAGGGUAGAAAGCCUAAAGAAAAGCCCAAUGCAUACAUCCCUCGUCAUGCUUUCUGUAUUAGCGUGUUGAUGAAAGUCCUACACAUGCUUUUCAACCAGGUCAAGCCAACCAGGUUUUCAAGACUCUUGUAAAAACUCUUUGGAGACUCUCUAGGCAGCUUUUCGAAAAGGAAAGUUCCCUGAGGAACCCAUACUGUAAGUUCCUGCAAGAAAUCUAUGCUUCCAGUAUUCUUCUAGUAAACUCAUCAUAAGGUUUUGAGGCAUUUGAAACAUAUAAUGAAGAUGAUACACAAUAUCUGUAGUACUUUCACUUGCCUAGAGGUUCUCAAGAGGUUAAAAGUAUUAAAUUGUUUAUGCUUAGCGUUCACACUUUCAUUUUUAACACAGUUUAGAUGUCUUUGGUGUGUUACGCUCAUAUUUCAGUUGAACCGCACCAGAGUUUGUCUGGAAGUGGACCGAGACCUACCUUUUCAUGGUAGGUUCAUCAUCCACUUGUUUGGUGCGCCCCAAGGUUUAAAUGUCAGUGUUCACACUUAUUCAAAUGAACUGCACUAACAGAGCAAUCGCACCAGAUUUCCUUUUAACCGACCCAAACCUGCCAAGUGUAAACACGGUCUAAAUAUUAUUAUUUGAAGGUGAAGUGAGCUUCUGAGCGGUAUUCCA